ACCAUUUUUGGCACUUUAUAUGACAAAAAUCAGUGAAAUGGCUAUUAUUUUUCCGCACAAAUGAAGUUUCUAGGAAAAAAAUGUUUUUUUUUGUUUUUGGAUUUUUGUUUUCUCCUGCUUCGCAUGGGAUUCGGUCCUGAGUCUUCAGCGCAUACAUACACAAUUACACAUAUUUCUGAGCCAUUCUCAUUGCAGAUGGCGUUUGCAGUUGGCGUCCUUUUGAACAUAAAAUCGUAUAUCACUCUGUUACAUCAUAUGUAAUAUUUUUAUUUCGACCAGUCAGGCGAGCACCGCUGGUAUGUUACCACAACGGCUACCAUGCACGGACGCUCCAUUUCCACUGUUCCCACGCACACUGUAGAACCAGAGUGAAUAAAUAGAGUGACGCAGAGUCUGAAACCAGAAAAACCAAACGAACACUGCAAAGUCGGGUAUUUUCGUCAAUGAAAUAGUCUGCUGGGAGGCAACAAAAAUCCAUCCACUGUUUCCUCACAAUCGGAUUCUUCGGGAACCGAAAAAAACUCACAUUCCUUACUGUUUUUUGUUAUUACACAAAACGCACUUCAUUUUAUCUAUCUCUAUCAAACUUUAUCAAACGAACUUGUUUUAAAUUUAAAUACAAUAACUAUCUUUUCACUCUGACAAUAACAACACUUCGUUGAAGUCAACUGGAACUUGAGCAAAAAGGGGCUGCCAGAAAAAUAUUUUGGUGGAUACAUAAAAAAACCGUGUUGCUGUUUUGACUGAAUUUCUCUCUGCGUCACUCUAUCUAUUCACUCUGUGUAGAACUAGUGUAGGUUUCGUAUAGGAUACAAACGUCAACAUAAAUCAUUCUACAUCGUCCGCCAAAGAGUCAACACCUAAAAUAAAAACCUGAAAGUGAAAGUGAAAAUUGUUAAAGUCAAAAUAUAUUUUUUUUAGUUUACAAUGAACCCGCAAGAUGAAAUAGCAACAACAUCAUCAGCUAUCGAAAACCCAAUGAGUCAUAUACCCAAGCAUGAUGUUGCUGUUUUUGGUGUGUCUUCUGAUUUGAAUGAUAUUAAUUUACCAACCGAUCUGGAUAUCUUGAGAUUUUAAUUUUACUUAAGCGAACGUGCAAAAACAGAACAAAAAAAGGUUUCUUAUAAACAAUUCUCUAAUCACGUAACAGAUAGGUUGGUUGGAAUUUGGGAAAAACUUGGUAUGGAAAUAAUUUCAAAAAAAUAUGUUGCUGUUAAAUUGAAUAGAUUGGUUGACAAAUACCAAGCCGAAAUUAAGAAGACGAAUAGAGACUUUUGAGUGUUUAGCGGUACUCUGAACGAAAUUUUUUAUAUUGGAGCAUGUAAAUGCGAUUUGACGGCAGCUCAAUGUAACUGCGGUUUGGUUCCAGAACGCCUCAAAGAGUUUAUGCACGAUCAACAUAAACAGAGAAGACUAACAAUUGAUGCAUUUCUGAUGGAAAUUAAAGAGCAAGGGACAUCGUCAUCAAUGCCAACAAUGCCAACAUACGAAGAUCCCGAUGAUACAACAUACGUAGACGUACCGAUGACGGUUGAUGAAGAUGUUAUGAAUAGAAGCACAAGUUCACAAUACACAGAAAGAUACGAUUGUUUUAACUUUGCCUUGAUGUGUGACAGAUUUGGUGUGUCUGAUAGAGUAGCGUCAGCAUUGGCAACCAGUCUUUUCAAAGAUUUUGAAAUGAAAGAUCAGCAUGGCGAACCUCUCAUCAUGGAUAAAUCGAAAGUUCGUAGAGAAAGAGAGAGAAAUGCAGACGUAUAGUGCUCCGCAAAAGGUUUGAUGAUUCCAGUUUAAUAGCGUUUUCAUUCGCCGGCAGAAAAGAUGAUACUUAUACGAGAGAAAAAAUUGAUGGUAAGUAUCAUAGUAGGAUGGUAAAAGAACCUCACCUUGUUAUUUUGAGAGAACCGAAUUCUCGAUUGAUUGGUUACGCAAGACUGGUAGAGGAAAGUGUUGAAUACAAAACAACAAAAUUGAAUGAAUUUUUCAACGAUAAAAACAUAUCUCUGGAUGCAUUGAUUGGCAUAUGCACUGACGGUGAGCCAACAAACACUGGCACACACGGUGGAAUUAUACGAAGAUUCGAAUUGCUGCUAAAAAGACCAUUGCAUUGGUUUGUUUGCCUUCUACACUUCAACGAACUUCCGUUUCGACAUUUGUUUGGGGUUUUGGAUAAAUCAUCCACCACUGGACCAACAUCAACAACCGGGAAACUAAGCAAGCAAAUUGAAAAUUCUGAAGCUCUUCCGGUGGUGAGCGACUUUCAGAGAAUUGCGUUGGAAAAUAUGCCUCCUGUUGCAGAACAGCACGAAUAUUCCACCGAUUCGCAGUACUUAUACGACAUGGCACAUGCAAUUUCUAAUGGCGUGGUUUCUGUGGAUCUGGCUAACAUAAAACCAGGGAAAAUUGUACAUUCUCGCUGGCUCACCAAGGCCGCUAGAUUAUUACGAUUAUAUGUGACAAUGAAAAAACCACCUAAAAAUUUAAGAAUUCUGGUUGAAUUUAUAAUUAAGGUUUAUGUGCCAAUGUAUUUUAAUAUCAAGUAUUACAGCUCUGUCGUGUACGGUAGUGUAUUAUUUUUCAAGUACAUUACUUGGGCACAAUUUCUGGAGCCAAAUUUACGUAUGUUGUCAAUCAUGUAAUUAAAAAUAAUCCAUAUUUUGCACAUUCGGAAAAUAUCUUGCUAUCAAUGUUGUUUGAUGAUAGGAAAGAGGUGCGCGACUCUGCUAUCAAGAAAAUUUUACGAUAUCGAGACAAUGUUGAAGACCCAUCGGAACUUAGAGAAUAUAAAAAAACCAGAUAUAAACUUCCAUUGCUUCGAUUACACGAAAAUGAUCGAUUUGACUGAUAAAAAUAACGUAUUUGAACCACCAUUCACGCGAAUCAUUCCGUAUGAAACAUUGAUAGCAUAUUUAAAUGAAGAUGAUUCACCAUUUACUGAUCCGCAUAUUCCAUUACAUAUACAAGGAACGGAACAACACGUUCAACUGCUAGCUAGCGUUUCCAAACGAGUAAUAUCGGAAAAUGUAGAGGCUGUUAUGGAGGCGACAUUAGAGAGCCGUGCGAAAUUGCCCAGUGUUGAAACCAAAAAAGACUUCAAACAAUAACUUUUUAGUUUCUUUCCUAUGUUCUGAUCGAAUAAAUUUUUAAAGAGAAAACAAAAAUCCAAAAACAAAAAUUAAACAUUUUUUUCCUAGAAACUUCAUUUGUGCGGAAAAAUAAUAGCCAUUUCACUGAUUUUUGUCAUAUAAAGUGCCAAAAAUGGUGAUUUUUUGAUAUUUUUUUAUAUUUCUGUAUGGGAGACCCCCUAGGGGGGUCCCAGGGGGGUAACACUAGCAUGGGUGGGUCAGCCCUCCAAAGUUA